AUGAAGCCCCAUGGGAAGGCAGAUGACAUUGGGGCUGGAUGGGAAAUUGAAGAAGAGAUUAUUUCACAAGUGAUAAGCAUCAUGAGAAAUGGCCGGGCACGUAGACCUCCACCUGCGCUGCACAGGCACUGUGAGGGGUGCAUCAACCGCCAUUGCCAUGUUCCGGUGGAGCCCAGUGUUUCCUGCCUGGUGAUAAGCUGCCACCUGCUCUGUGGAGCUACCUUCCACAUGUGCAAAGAGUCAGAACAUACUCUCCUCUGCCCUCUGGAGCAGGUUCCGUGCCUCAACUCUGAGUAUGGCUGCCCACUCUCUAUGGCACGCCACAAACUGGCUAAGCACCUGCAGGUGUGCCCUGCCAGUGUAGUCUGCUGCUCCAUGGAAUGGAACCGCUGGCCAAACGUGGACUCAGAAACAGUCCUUCAUGAGAACAUCAUGAAAGAGACCCCCAGCGAAGAGUGUUUGGACACAGCCCUGGCCCUCCAGGACCAGAAGGUUCUCUUCAGAUCCUUGAAAAUGGUAGAGCUUUUCCCAGAAACCAGAGACACUACGGAGGAGGAGCCAGCCAUGAAUGGUGACACCAGUUGGGAGGAGACUGGGGGUGCAGUCGGGGGAGUGGAUGCCAGCCUAGUACCAAACUCUUGUUUGCCGGCAACCAACGGGCAAAUGAUGGAGCUCAGCCAGGAGGAACGAGAUGCAUUGGCAAAAACCAAAGAAGGGAUGGACCUGGACAAGUUUGGCAAGUGGGAAAGUAUGUUCAGCAAGGAGCUCGCGGCCUCUGUUUUAACAGGUUCCUUGGGGAGGAGUGAAGACAAGAAUGGAAAUGUGGCUGGGAAAGAGCAGUGCUCCGGUGAUGGUGGCACAGGGGAUGCAGGGGCUUCUGCUGAAAGCAGAGGGCCACAGGAAAGCCAGAAGCCCCAGGAACUUCCUGCUUCCAUGGAGAUGACAGGGCUUGCUCCCUGGCAAGAUGGUGUUCUGGAAAGACUAAAAACAGCCGUGGAUGCCAAAGACUAUAACAUGUAUCUGGUGCACAAUGGGCGGAUGCUCAUCCACUUUGGGCAGAUGCCUGCUUGUACGCCCAAGGAGAGAGACUUUGUUUACGGCAACCUCGAAGCUCAAGAAGUGAAGACGGUUUAUACCUUCAAAAUUCCCGUAAGCUACUGUGGGAAGCGAGCUCGCUUGGGAGAUGCCAUGUUAAGGUGCAGACCAAGUGAACACAAGGCCGUGGACACUUCUGACUUGGGUGUCUCUGUGGAGGACUUGCCCAAAUCCGAUCUCAUCAAGACCACUCUUCAGUGUGCUUUGGAAAGAGAACUCAAAGGCCAUGUCAUCUCUGAGUCCAGGAGCAUCGAUGGACUCUUUAUGGACCUUGCCACCCAAACAUACAACUUUGAGCAGGAACAGUUUUCCUCAGAGACAGUGUUGGCUGACCUCCUAGGCACUGCCCAACCUGGGGGCCUGCACGUGGAGCUCCACAGUGAGUGCGUGACCAGAAGACACAACAAAAGCAGCUCAGCCUUUACUUUUACCUGCAACAAAUUCUUCAGAAGGGAUGAAUUUCCCCUGCACUUCAAGAAUGUCCACACCGACAUUCAGUCGUGUCUCAAUGGCUGGUUCCAGCAUCGAUGCCCCCUUGCCUACUUGGGAUGUACAUUUGUUCAAAACCACUUCCGCCCUCCUGGACAGAAAGCAAAAGUGAUCUAUAGUCAGGAGCUGAAGACCUUUGCCAUCAAGCCAGAGGUUGCUCCGGAGCUGAGCAAGAAAUGGAAGAGUGACCAUCUCUCAGACCAUGAUGGGAAAAACCUGAAUUCUUUAACCAGUCUGCCCCUGGAGCUUUUGCAGUACAUUGCUGGGUUUCUGGACAGCAUCAGCCUGUCCCAGCUGUCCCAGGUAUCAGUGCUAAUGAGGAACAUCUGUGCCACUUUGUUGCAAGAGAGAGGGAUGGUCCUCUUGCAGUGGAAGAAGAAGAGGUAUUCUCAUGGAGGCACCUCCUGGAAAGUCCACAAUCAGAUCUGGCAGUUCAGCAGCCUCUUCUCAAAAAUCAAGAGCUGGGAGUUUAAUGAAGUCACCUCCAUGUCUGAACACCUGAAAACCUGUCCUUUCAACGUUGUGGAGCAUAAGACUGACCCGAUUCGUUUGACCAGCAUGUGCCAGCCCCAAGAGCAGGCCCGAGAGAGCUUAGUGUCCACAUUUAGGGCCCGACCACGGGGCAGACACUCUUAAAGGUUUGCACACCACUGCUCCUGGCUUCUCAGGAUUAUUCAAAGUAGGACAGUGUGGUUUGAGGGCA